GCUAAUGUACUUUUAUUAUUAUUAAUAAAUAAUCAUUUUUCCAUCAGUAGAGCCUGCGCCCAGGAGCCUUGGAGGAUUCUAGCAAAAAGUAUUAUUAAAACCAAAGAUUUCUAAAGGAUGGAACAGCAGCACAGCCUGGUAAUCAGACAGAAUAUGCAAGUGGGGAGCAAAAUAUCCCCACCUGAGAAUAUGUGAUGGAGAUACACAUUGGCUUCUUCCCCUCAGGCCACCAAUUACAGCUGUGGCCUCCCGUUCAUGAUCCUUUCUGCUUCACCAACAUCCCCCAAGGACACAAAGGGUGCGGGUGGCUCUUGGUGAGCUGUCACCCCCCCAGACACGCUGGCUCUUGCAGGACCAUGCCCUGGCAUGGUGGAUGACUCAGUGCUCAGGGCUUCACGCUCCUCCAGUUGGCACCCGCUCUGCAGCAGCUCCAGGCAGCCUUUCUCCUCUGCCCAGCCUGCUGCCCAGCCCUGCUCCGCUCCGCCUACAGUCAUGCGGGGUCUCCUUCCCACCCUAGGCAGAAGUCUGGAGAGGAUGGCCUUUCCUACAGGACUGCACAUAUCUGCUCUAGAAAAGGCAGGAACCGCCACAUCACCAAACUAGGUCCCUGCACCAGGACAGCCAUGGGAGAACCCAGCACAGCCUUUCCUUCUGCACCAGAAGUCACAUGGACCACAACAUGCACAUAACACUGGAAAACAAACACCUUGCUCUGUUCUUGUAGAUGAAAUAGGAGCUUCAGAUUAAGUUAAUCCAAUUUUCUGAAUAAAAUAGGUUGCUUUUUUGGCAGGUAAAAAUGUACACGUGGCCCAAAUGGAAGCCAACAAGACCUGAGAGCCCUUUUCUCUGUGCAAAGCCACUUUCCCACAAGGUGUGCUCAGCUGAUGACAGAAAGGCUAUAAAGGAAGCUCCAGGAUACUCAUACCCACAUUCUGGUUUCCGAUCCAGCCAUGGCCAUAACAAGCUUGCUGCAGUGCAUGGCCAUCAGCUCGCUGCUCUACCUGGCAGCAGGGCUGGCCGUCCUCCUUUACUUCACCACCAGCUGGAAGAAGAGAGUUUGCAAUUUGCCUCCCGGGCCACAGCCUCUUCCUCUGAUUGGAAACUUGAAUGUGGUGGACCUGAAAAAGCCAUUCCAGUCGCUGACAGAGCUCUCCAAGCUAUAUGGCAAUGUCUUCACCGUGCAUUUCGGACCCAGGAAAGCUGUGGUGCUGGCUGGAUACGAAACCAUCAAGGAUGCCCUUUUAAAUCAUGCUGAAGAAUUUGGAGAGAGAGCAGAAAUACCCAUAUUUAGGAAAAUGACACGAGGAAAUGGCAUAGCAUUCAGCCACGGAGAGUUAUGGAAAACUAUGAGAAGAUUCACCUUGUCCACACUGAGAGAUUUCGGAAUGGGAAGGAGAACGAUUGAGGUCCGAAUCCUUGAGGAACUAAAUUCUCUAAUUAAAUAUUUUCAAUCUUAUCAAGGGAAACCAUUUGACACAAAGAUGAUCCUCAACAAUGCUGUAUCCAACGUCAUCUGCUCUAUACUGUUUGGAGAGAGGUUUGAAUACGAUGAUCCAGAAUUUCUCACUUUGCUGAAGCUGUUAAAUGAGAAUACCAAGCUGCUGGGCUCUCCAAUGGUGCUGUUAUAUAAUUUCUACCCGUCCCUUGGAUUUCUCCUUGGAGCUUCCAAGACCGUGCUACAAAAUAUCAGUGAGCUGAGUGCUUUCCUCCAGAAACUCUUCAAGGAGCACAAAGAAGAAUUUAAUGAGAAUAACUUAACAGGCUUCGUUGAUGCCUUCAUGAUGAAGCAGCAACAGGAGUCAAAGAAACCCCACAGUAUGUUCCACAAUGAAAGCCUGCUGUUUUCAACCCUGGAUCUCUUUGCUGCUGGGACUGAGACUACUUCUACAACCAUGCGCUGGGGUCUCCUUCUGAUGAUGAAAUACCCAGAAAUUCAGAGAAGAAUUCAGGAAGAAAUGAACCAGGUCAUUGAACCAGGAGAGAUGCCGAAGCUGGAGGACCGGAAAAAGAUGCCUUACACAGAUGCGGUGAUACACGAAAUACAAAGAUUUGCCAAUAUUGUCCCAAUGGGUGUGUCACGAUCAACACCUAGCGAUGUGAAUUUCCAAGGUUAUGUCAUUCCUAAGGGUACAGAGAUUAUACCGCUGCUGACCUCUGCUCUGAAUGACGAGCUGCACUGGAAAACCCCACAUCAGUUCAACCCUUCCCACUUCCUGGAUGCUGAUGGGAACUUUGCUAGGAGAGAGGCAUUCAUUCCAUUCUCCAUAGGACGAAGGGCUUGUGUUGGAGAAGGCCUGGCCAAAAUGGAGCUGUUCCUCUUCUUCGCAGGCUUGCUCCGCAAAUUUGUUUUCCAGCCCCCUCCAGGGGUGAGCAAAGCAGAGCUAGAUCUCACUGCUGACGUCGGCUUCACCCUGAACCCCAUGCCUCACCUGGUCUGUGCUGUGCCCUGCAAAUGAUCAGACAACAGGGAAGUAGUGUAGUGGGCAUUUCAAGCUUGAACGCAAGCCUAGCUACAGGGGGAAAAGCUGUCUGCCUGAGCUUUAGGGAAAGGGCAUUGGGUUCUGCUGUUUGUCUUUUGUUCAUAUGAUCCUUUCCAAGAGCUCUUGUACCCUCUGUACGAUGCAAACCCUUCAGACACCUCUGAGCACUGCUCCCACAUGCAGCACGACCCACCCCUGGAAUACCAGAGAUGCAGUUUUCAGGGCAAUUUCAAAGAAUGACCCAGUUUUGAGCCUUCCCUACAAACAACCCACCAGGGGCUCUCCACUGAGAGCCUCCACGGGGAGUUUCUCAGCCUGAAUCCCAGCUGUAUAGCAGAGCUGGUUAUCCAUGGCCCAGGUGAAGACAACAGACCCUUAGAGGGUCUGGAAGUCUCCCUGGGAUGGCUGUUGAGCCGAGCCUUGGACUGAGCUGCCACUGUGCAGCAAAGCCUUAUCUUUAUCACAGCGUCGCAGACACUCGGGUGUGACACGGGCUGAUGCCAAGAGCCAGGCAUGGGUCAGUUAUCAGGAAAUUGCUAAGUGGUUUGGAAAGUGGGCUCAUUCCACAUUGCACUGGAUGUUUUAUCCUGAAGAGCCUAUUUAUGAAGGGGCCAGUCUUGCAGCUUUCACACUAAGGAAAGCAUUUCUCCCACUCCCUUGCCUUUCCUGGCUCUGACACAAGUCCAGCCACACUGUAGACCAGCUCUGACCCUACACUGGCAGAAAAUAAGCAGCCACAGAAAGUGAGUGGUUUCUGAACCAGCACACGUGAUGCUGCACACUAGCCUGAGGCAGUG